UCAUUUUGCCAAGUAUCCUCCAUGUUCUUUUCCGCCGAGUUCCUAAUCAUUUUGGGCUUUGGACAAAGUCAAAUGCAUGCCCAGGUGGUGGUAUCGCCUUCAAGACAAAGGACUGCAGGUCAAUGCCAUGGCCAUGGCUCGUUUGACUCAACAAUGUCACAUGUCUUACCAUUCUGCCACUAUAAAAGUCCCCUCGAUGAAUUGUGGCUGAAAUCAUAUUCUUCCUGACAUUGAUUCCCAUCCCUACGUCCCAAAGAAUGGACGACACACACAGAUCCUCCGGUAUAGCGACUUGCAUUAAUACCGUAUUGCCUCCUGAGCUCGUCGACAGGACCCUCGACUAUCUCCAUGACGAUAAAACGUCGUUGAUGAUCUGUUCUCUGGUCUGCAAGCACUGGCAUCAUACGGGCCGCUUCCACCUCUUUCGCCAGAUGAAGCUUGGAUCCUGGAUCUUUAUAUGGGAUCUAAGUACAGCAGGUCACUACGACAAAUUCCCGGAUUAUUUGUCACGUUUCACACAGGAAGCUUCGCACCUCUGCGUCAAUACUGAAGCAAUUACUGUGAGCGGCGGAGUCAGUGGCAUUGACAUGGGAGAGUUCACUCUGGAUAUGCUCGAUGUCAUUCUCAAAUGUGCGCCCUGUCUACAGAGCCUCACACUUUCCAAUGUGGAAUUGAGAGCUGGAGGCAGCAAUGCCCAAAUGUCUCAUGUUUAUCCGUCAGUCCGUGAUUUAGUGCUGGAUGAAUGCGGGGUAAAUUCAGGCAAGGUUCUCUCUGCAUUGUUCUGCCUUCUCCCGAGUAUUCGGCACUUCUACCUUUUCCACCUUCGCUUUCUCACUCCAUACGACCAACUAUUUGAAGCGCUUCCUCCGCAUGUUGCCCUCGAGUCGUUCACAGGUCGAGUUGAUUCUAUUGCAAGCCUUUUGCUUUUCUUUAGGGACACGUGCACUGCGGGUUCUCUGAGAUGCCUUGAUCUCGGGGUUAUGAGUGAUUUACAGGAAGUUCUUGGAAUGCGGCAUUUCGAUCCUCUCGUCAUGCAGAACGUUCUUUCGCUCCGUGUAGGCCUGAGCACAGUGAUAAGCAGCCAUGAGAAUGGUAAGUUCGUCAUUUACUACGCGAAGGAUUACCUUGAAUCAUUUUGGGAAGCCAUGCCCUUACAGCAUUUCACGUCUCUUAUCGAGUUCACAUUGGCCAUUGACUUCCGGUUAACGAUGCAUCAUAUACGUGUCUUCGACUCCAUAUCGGCCACAGUACGCAACAUUAGAAUCGACGUAGGACAGAUAGUUUUCUUUGAUGAUAUUGGGUCAGAAAUAUGGGACUUGCUAGACCAGCUUCCAUCUCGUUUUACGCACCUGGAAUCUGUAAAAUUCCAUCAUCUCGAGAUCAAAUUCUCUGGCGCAGCACAUUGCCUAACGUUGCCGGAGAAGACCUCUGCAUUGCAAGAGCACAUGCCGAACUUGGUGUCAAAUGGCCUGUUAUAUGUCACCUAGUCCCUAUAUCACUAGGCCUGAACUUAUACAUAUCUACACAUAUAGACAGUUCACGGUAUCUUCACUGUUACGUCGGGAUAUAUGUCAUCGAAAAGAAUCUUUUUUGU